AUGGGGCUGAAGUACCUCAUCCAGGCCUUCCAGUCGCGCGGGCACGAGGCCGCGGCGCUGGACCCCCUGGGCCAGCACCAGUGGAGGAGCCGCACGCGGCCCAUCGCCGAGCUCACGCCGAAGUUCCACGGCUUCUCCGAGGCCGACCUGGACAAGGUGGUGAGCGAGGGCAACAUGCUGUGGCAGGGCAGCACCGGCGGGAACAACGGCUUCCUGUCCUCCAUCCAGGCGCUGGGUUCCGACGGCGAGCUGACCCUCCGUGAGAUCGUGGAGCGGGUGCGGGCCACGUACUGCGGGACCAUCGGCGUGGAGUACAUGCACAUCUCGGAGCGCCGGCGCCUGAACUGGAUCCGGCAGCGCGUGGAGACGCCGCUCUUCCUCGACUUCGACCAGGAGAAGAUGAUCAGCGUCUACAGCGGCAUCUGCCUGGCGGACGCCUUCGAGCGCUUCCUGGGCGACAAGUUCCCCACCACGAAGCGCUUCGGCAUCGAGGGCGGCGAGGCGGUCAUCCCGGGCCUGCGGGCGCUCGUCGACCGGGGAGUGGACCUGGGCGUCGAGGAGAGUUCGUCAUCGGCAUGCCGCACAGAGGGCGGCUCAACGUGCUGGUGA